AUGGUUCUACUCUUGACCCAACGAUCAGCCAAGAAUCGGACCCCAUCCUUCCCUCUUCCCUUGUUGAACAUUGAACCCAAACACCACAUCGAUUUCUGUGAAGCAAAACAAACAAUCCCCUGUAAAACAUUAACCCCAGAAAUCCAUUCUAUUUAUCCAUUUCUGUCAAGAAUAAUCAAACCCAAAACCAUCAAGAUUCCACUGAUUUACAGUCAAAACAAAGGAAAGAUAAACAAAAUCAUAAUCAAACCAAACACCGAUUCAUGCUCAAAAACAACCAAACACUCAUUGGGUUCUAUCGAUCACUACCAGAUAUCAAAAAGAAAAGUGAAAAAGAAACGACAUGCACUUAUCUCUUAUCGAUCGAAGCAACCGAACAAGCCUGAGUACGUCUAUUUCCUUCCCUUUGUGUGUGCUGCCGGGUCAGAAAUGGAAGAAACGACGACGAGGCUGCCAAUGCAGCCCCCGUCGCACCACUCUCUCCAUUUCCCUCUUCGUGUUUCCCCAUCAAGACCACCGAAACUUUGA